UCACAUGAGCAGAGUUCAUGUGACUAGUCACGUGACCGAAUGUCCUAAAUGGCAGCAGUGACUUGAGUGGGUGACAGUUUCGAUUUAGUUUGCAGUCCUGACAGUCCGGGGAGCCUCAAGGAGCCGAAGGAGUCACUUCAACAGCUGACAAAGUAGACGCAGGCAAUAUGUCGCGAGCAGCCCUCCUCUUCUUGGCUGCCACCUUGUCGGUGAGCACGGCCAAACCCCACCUCCACCCACUGUCCGCUGAGAUGGUGGACUACAUCAACAAAAUUAACACUACCUGGAAGGCUGCUCGCAACUUCCCUAAUGUUGACUACAGCUAUGUUAAGAAACUGUGUGGAACUAUGCUCAAGGGACCCAAACUUCCUGUCAUGGUUCAAUAUGCUGGGGGUGUGAAGCUGCCUAAGGAUUUUGACUCCAGGCUACAGUGGCCUGACUGUCCAACACUGAAGGAGAUCAGAGAUCAGGGCUCAUGUGGCUCCUGCUGGGCCUUUGGCGCUGCAGAGGCUAUAUCUGACCGAGUGUGCAUCCACAGCAAUGCAAAGGUCAGCGUUGAGAUCUCCGCAGAGGACCUGCUAACCUGCUGCGAGGGUUGUGGCAUGGGAUGUAAUGGUGGCUACCCUUCAGCUGCCUGGGACUUCUGGACCCAAGAUGGACUGGUCUCUGGUGGGCUGUAUAAUUCCCACAUUGGUUGCCGUCCUUACACAAUAGCGCCUUGUGAACACCACGUGAAUGGUACAAGACCUCCCUGCUCCGGGGAAGGUGGAGAAACACCCAAGUGCGUCCUCAAGUGUGAAUCUGGAUACUCCCCGACCUACGCCAUGGACAAGCAUUUUGGCAAAACAUCGUACAGCGUGCUGUCAGAUGAGGAGCAGAUUAAAUCUGAGGUAUUCAAAAACGGCCCAGUAGAAGGAGCCUUCACCGUGUAUGAAGACUUUGUUCUAUACAAGUCUGGGGUGUACCAGCAUGUGUCUGGGUCCAUGCUGGGCGGACAUGCCAUCAAGAUACUUGGCUGGGGGGAGGAGGAUGGCGUACCCUAUUGGCUCUGUGCCAACUCCUGGAACGUUGACUGGGGUCAUAAUGGAUUCUUUAAAAUCCUGCGUGGAUCAAAUCAUUGUGGCAUUGAGUCUGAGAUUGUGGCAGGCAUCCCCAAAUAGAACCAAAGGUUUUGACUGUUCUCAUUCAACAUGUACUCACUAGAGAGCGACACACCCCACCCCCUACACUGGAACUCACAUUUUGUUGGCAUCCCUGAUUACCUUUCCUUUGGCAGCAGGAGCAAAAACAUUAGUUUGCAUUUUUAGGUGUCUCUUAGAAUGUCUGCAACCACUGUAUGUGCCUGAACACAAGCGUGUUCUUUUUGUAAAAGUGUGUCUAAUGUGAAGUUUGCACAAGUGGACAGUCACAAAUGUGCUUUUCAUGUUUGACUUUUCCAUUAGCUUGCGUCUCAAGUUGUAUCGAUAUGGAUAUGUAACUGCCAGUUUCAUGGUUCAAUGUCAUUUUUGGGAUGUAUUCUCUGUAUCUGGCAUGCUAAUGAUUUUAAAUGUUAUCAUGAGAGUAAUUAUAUGUAUUUUAAUAAGGAGUAAAAUGAAAAGUUGCAUGUUUUUCUCAUCUGCCUGAAUUGAACAAACUAUUGGCAUACACAUGUUAGCUCUGGAAUAAAAGUGUUUGGAUCUGA